CAAGGAGGCGUUUCCAUGUUGGAAAGCCCAACUGGAACUGGGAAGACUGUGAGUGUGAUUUGUAGUGCUUUGCAAUGGGUGCUUGAUCGGAGGCUACAAGAAGAAGCAGCGUGUGGUAAGGAUAGAGCGAAUAGCGAUGGCGAUGGGAUUGGUUCGGAUGACGAACCUGAUUGGAUGAGAGACUUUGUUGUGAACAAAGACGUGAAAGUUAAAGAGGAGAAGAGAGAGAAAAAUAAGGAGAAGGUUGGAUCUAUGUUGGGAAAAUCUCGCAAGAAUAAGAACAAGGAAAAUUGUAAGGAUUUUCGGGUUAUGGGCAGUUUGCAGAAGGAAAUUGGCACGGUGAAUGUCAGCGAUAAGGAGUUUUUACUGGAGGAUUAUGAGAGUGAAGAUGAGAAAGCUCUGGGUAGUGUAUCAUCCAAAAGGAAGAAUACUAAAACUGCUUUUAGUUCUUCUAGUGAAGACGAGUCUGAUGAGGAGGAGGAGGAGGAGAAGAAUUUGAAGGUUUAUUUCUGUAGUCGAACUCAUUCACAGCUUUCACAGUUCGUAAAGGAGUUGAGGAAGACAGUCUUUGCUAAUGAAAUGGAUGUUGUGAGUUUAGGCUCCAGGAAAAACCUUUGCAUUAAUGAAGAAGUACUAGGACUUGGAAACUCCACACGCAUAAAUGAGCGAUGCUUGGAACUCCAGAAGAAAAAGAAAAAUGAAAACUUGAAAGUAGGUGCAGGGGUACGCAGAGCAAAGGCCAUAUCAGGUUGCCCAAUGCUUAGAAAACAUAGACUACAAGAAGAAUUUAGGAAUGAAGUAUCUCAACAAGGGCCAUUGGAUAUUGAAGAUCUUGCUAACCUUGGAAGAACUAUGGGAACUUGUCCAUACUAUGGCUCUAGAAGCAUGGUUCGGAGAGCUGAUCUUGUGGUCCUGCCAUAUCAAUCUCUUCUAUCUAAAUCAUCCCGUGAAGCACUUGGUCUGAAUUUGAAAUCCAAUAUUGUUAUAAUAGACGAGGCCCAUAAUUUAGCUGAUUCACUCAUCAGUAUGUAUGACUCCAAAAUUACUUUAUCACAGUUGGAGACUGUGCAUAGCCAUGUGGAGCGGUACUUUGUGAGAUUCCGGAAUCUCUUGGGACCUGCCAAUCGGAGAUAUAUUCAAACUUUGAUGGUCCUCAUGCAAGCUUUCCUUGGUGUACUACACAACGACAAAGAUGGAAAUCAUAUAGAUUCAUGCCUGGAUAUAGAAAAUGCUUCUGAAGAAAGUAGAACCUCUGAUUUUACUACGGCCAUCAAUGAUUUUUUAUUUGAAUUAAAUAUAGACAAUAUCAACUUGGUCAAAUUGUUGACGUAUAUAAAGGAAAGUAAUAUCAUGCAUAAGGUUAGUGGUUAUGGAGAAAAGGUGGCUAUGGAGAAGAUAUCAGCACAUGAAAAAAUUGGGGAACAUGGUGAGGAAGGAAGUUGUCUGUCUGCUUUCCAGGCAUUAGCUGACAUAUUGCUCUCGCUGACAAACAAUGACAGUGAUGGAAGGAUAAUAAUUUCCAGGUCUAGACCAGCGAGCCUCAGAAAACAAGGAGGAUAUAUUAAAUAUGUUAUGCUCAGUGGAGAGAAGAUUUUCUCUGAGAUUGUAGACGAAGCACACGCAGUUGUAUUAGUAGGGGGAACACUUCAACCUAUAGAAGAGACUAGGGAGCGACUCUUUCCAUGGUUACCACCAAAUCAGUUGCAUUUCUUUUCAUGUGGUCAUAUUGUCCCUCCAGAUAGCAUUAUGCCAGUUACAGUUACACGUGGACCUACUGGCCGCUCCUUUGAUUUUAGCUUCAGCUCUAGGAGCUCACAAGACAUGAUGCGAGAACUUGGUCUUCUGCUAUGUAAUUUGGUGACUGUGGUUCCAGAAGGAAUUGUGGUCUUCUUCCCUUCUUUUGAUUAUGAAGGUAGAGUUUAUGAAUCCUGGGAGUCUUCUGGCAUCCUUGAAAGGAUUACAAAGAGGAAGCGUGUCUUUAGGGAGCCUAGAAAUAAUAUGGAUGUUGAAUCUGUUCUUAAGGAAUAUAAAGAUGCCAUUUAUACAUUAUCAAGCUUGAAUUCAGAAGUAAACCAAACACCUCCUAGUGGUGCAGUACUCCUUGCUGUUGUUGGUGCAAAGAUAUCUGAAGGGAUCAAUUUAAGUGAUGGAAUGGGUCGAUGCAUAGUCAUGGUUGGACUGCCAUAUGCUAGCCCGUCUGAUAUUGAGUUGUUAGAGAGGAUAAAGCAUAUUGAAGGUUUUCGAAAUUCAAAGUUCCUUGAAAAUCCUAGCUUUUCUGCUAGUUGUGAUCUAUACAGUGGAGAUGUACAAGGUGGUUUUGACAUCUUAAGAAGUUGCAGUCACAGAGGAAAAGAGUACUAUGAGAAUCUCUGCAUGAAAGCUGUAAAUCAAUCAAUCGGUAGAGCAAUCCGUCACAUUAAUGACUAUGCAGCAAUUUUGUUGGUUGACACGAGGUAUGCAUCUGAUUCCUCAAAACGGAGCUUUGCCCACCCAAUCACCAAGCUCCCCCAGUGGAUACGAGAUCGUCUCGUUUCUUUUUCCCUUAACUAUGGAGAGGUACAUAGGUUGUUGCAUCAGUUUUUCAAACUCAAGAAGACAUGUGGCCAUUAGUCCCUUCAGCAGAUCUUGUAUAACUGUGAUUCCAUUAUCUUCAUUUCCACUUGGAGAAAGCCACACGCUUUCACAGUAGAACCACAAAUGCUGCUCAGAGAAACCAUUCACAAGACCAAGGUUUUCUUUCACAAAAGCUUCCGAAAUUUCAGGUCUUUCUUCUUUGGCGGGUACCAAAAACUUCCCAGAUCUCUUUCCUUCAAUCCAUUCCUUUGUAAAACUGGCAGUGCAAGAACUCACACAAGCGACCAAUUUUACAACGAGUUUUAUGAUCUACUGCAGUCUGACCUCAGCAGACUAAAGAUGUAUGGUAGCAACAGCAUAUCCAAAUCAGCAGUGGAAGGUGCUCCAUGUAAUCAAAGCUUCAUGUGUUUUGCCCAGAAAAGUCCACAAAGGAGCAUUCAUGAAGAGAGAGCAAAAGAGAAGAAGAACAAAGGGAGCUCACAACUCAAAAAAAGGGAGGACUUAAAUUCACAAAACAUGAACAAGGGAGCUAAUGUUUUGGCACAAAAGAUGAAGGCAUUGGAUUUGAUCGAUGCAGGUGAUCUCGAGCAUGUACUAGACAUAGAAGAGGCACUCCACUACUAUUCUCGCCUUAAGAGCCCUGUCUAUUUAGAUAUUGUCGACAAGUUUUUCAUGGACAUACUAUCAGAGCUAUCUGUUCCUCAACCCUCUUCCAGCUUCGAACUCACAAAGGAAAGACUUGGCUUGGCUCAAUUCGGUUGUAGAUAGGAUAACCAGUUAACCACAAUGCAAAUAAUGUUUUAAUAUAUAGGAAAUGAGUUUUGUUCACUAUUUUGUGUCACUUAUUUUCUUGUACUAAUGAGUUUAUUCAGUUUAAUUCCCAUUGUUUACAGCUUCUGUUUUUUCUUUUAUUGGGCACUUUCUGAUUCUUGCUCGAAUUGAAUCCAUACUGUUCAUUUGAUAAUAGUGGUUUUUGUACUAGAAUCACGUACUUUCUUUUUGCCAAUUUUCCCAUUUUGUAAACUACUAAAUCUUCAGUAUCUUUCUUAAAGAUGCUAGGGUCAUAAUAGACUUUCAGC